UUAUGCGAUAAGUUUAUGUAACAUAGGAAGGAAACGCCUUUUGUAGCACUUCCCGCGUGGCAUUAUUUUAUCCCCCUUUACAUUUCUCCCAUGCGGCUGAUGACCGUCGUCCACUCAUUCUUCUUAUUCCCGCCGACGAAAAGUUCACUCCGCGGAAGUCAUCUUUUGAGAAAUUUCUGCAGCUCCAGUAAAAUGAUACACACCUUCGAUUUUGAAGUUUUUGGAAAAGUCCAAGGAGUUUUCUUCCGGAAGUACACAAAGCUGGAAGCAGACAAGCUAAACAUAAAGGGUCAUGUGAUGAACACAGACAGGAACACAGUGGUAGGAAAAGCAGAAAGUGAUAACAAAGAAUCGUUGGAGAAAUUUAAGAAUUUCCUCAAAAAUAUCGGUAGCCCAUCGUCUAGAAUAGACGACUGUUUAAUAACGAAUGAGAAGACGCUCGAGGGAGGGGUGCCUAACAUAGGUAACAGCAUUCAGGCACAGGUGUUACCACAUCAUCCAAACCCAAUGAAGAGGCGCAAAACGGCCUCGAAGGUGCAAGACCUGGAGAGGUCACUGCGGAGGAGGGGCGGAAAGGUGAAGACCAUUUACGAAAAAAAUAGCGACGAGGAAAUAAAAGCCCUCAUAGAAGAAAAAAUUAGCUACAUUUGGAAUUACAUAAUGCAUAUUGAUGACAUAGUGAGUGAAGAAGAAUUUGCCAAAGUAGACAUGAAACAAAAAAUGGAAAAAAAACAAACCUUACGGAAAACAGAUCAUACGGAAGAAAUUAUUUACUACAAUAAAAAUAUGAACAAUUUUAUUAACGUUCAGAAAGUACGAAAGGCACUUCAUCAUUUUAAAAUCCAAGUUAGUGUGGACGACAUUUUUUACAUGUUCCUUUAUUUUACCAAUAACAAUUAUUUUCAGAAAAAUAUAAAAAAUGAUAUUUAUUUUUGUGAUCAUAUUGACAAGAGGAAGGAAAAGAUUAAAUUUCAUUCCAUAAAUGUCGAUAAUUUAUACAUAAGUUAUGAUAUGUUUCGUCAAAUUUUUCUGAACAUCGAUUUGAAUAUUGAAAGUAACGGGCAAAUUUGGUGA